AUGAGUGAAGAAGUGACGUCUCCCGGCUUUUUCGGUAGAUCCGGUAUUCUGGAGACCCACGUUCGCGGUCAGUGGUAUCGUGUGUUUGUUACCCUCGAAGAAGACUAUCUGAGUAUCACUCUCGACGAAUCCUACGAGAACACCACUACUCUUAACGGAACCCUAAACAAUAACAUAGAAACUCCUUCCGGUCUAAGCGAUACACCUGACAUACCGGAGGCCGUAGCUAAUCAGAAGAGAUUGGUGCGUGUCAUCAAGUCAGAGAAUAAUGGGUUGGGGAUUUCGAUUAAGGGCGGGCGGGAGAAUAAGAUGCCGAUACUCAUUAGUAAGAUCUUCAAAGGGAUGGCAGCUGAUCAGACGGAGCAGUUGUACGUUGGGGAUGCUAUUUUAUCGGUCAACGGGGACGAUUUGAGGGAGGCGACACACGACGAGGCUGUGAAGGCUCUCAAAAGAGCAGGAAAGAUUGUGGAAUUAGAAGGUAAGGAACUAGCGUAUUUACCAUUAUCAGACAUUAAUCAAACAGGUGGACUGUAUUUUUUUCCGCAACUGACACUUUCUAAAACCGACUUUACUAUACUUUUUUUAAAAACUGGAAAAAUACAUGAACUUUAUGUAUUUAGCAAUAAUUAA